AUGUUAACAUUACAAGUUGAAACUGCCAACAGAGUGAAAGUCUUCAAUACUAAAAAAAGUGUUUUUACAUGGCGAAAAAUAAAGACAGACCAAAAAAUAAAUUUUUACACUGGCAUAGUAUCUAUUGGCAUGUUUGAAUCAGUUUUUCAACUUUUGAACCCAUACUUAUCUAAGAUCAGAUACUGGAGAGGCCCUAAACGUGCAAAUAGCUACAGCAAAGUCAAACGUUUACUAAAUGAAGACCUUGCUGACCGCUUCGGAAUUUCACCCACUAUUUGUUCCAACACUUUCACGACAUGGAUACAGAUUUUAAGCAAAGUUCUGGGCAACGCUCUUGUUGUAUGGCUACCAAGAGAAGCGAUUAGAGACAAUUUACCUGAUGCCUUUAUUAAAACUGGACACUCGAAAUGCAGAGUAAUUAUUGACUGUACUGAGGUGUUUAUUGCAAGACCAAAAUCUUUACUAAACCAAGCAGCUACAUGGUCCGAUUACAAGCACCACAACACAAUAAAAUUCUUAAUUGGUAUAUCACCUGCAGGUUUCAUAACAUUUUUAUUUGACUGUUAUGGUGGUCGGGCCAGCGAUCGAUAUAUAACAAAGAAUAGUGGGUUUUAUGAAUUGUUAGAACGGGACGACGAAGUAAUGGCUGAUAGAGGGUUUCAAAUAAGAGAAGAACUACUGCUAAAAUUUUGUAGCUUGAGUGUUCCACCUGGUGCUAGAAUUAAAAGUCAGAUGACAUCAACUGAGUGCAAGAACACUAAAGAAAUUGCCAAUCUACGAAUACAUGUGGAGCGUGCUAUUAAUCGUGUGAAGUUCUACCGCAUCUUGAAAACUGUUUUACCUAUUACUAUGAUGCAGCAUGCUGAUGACAUUGUCAAGGCAUGUGCUGCUCUAUGUAAUCUUAAGCCCAGACUUAUACGUUAA